CGAAUCCUUUUCAGUAUGGGCCACGGGCUAAAUCAUAAUCAGAGUGACGAUGUGUUAGUGUAAUAGCCAGUCGAUUACCCAACAAUCGUAUCCAUCCACUUGAUCUCUUUGCAAUCGAUUUAGCACAACAAAAGUGCCAAAGUGGUGUUUUAGUGUCCCUCCGGGAGGUUUUCCUGUAACAGGUUCGGGUAGAGCGUACUUUAGUCGGACAGAUGCAUCGCUACCAGCACCGUGCCAGUGUGUCCAGUAAGAGCUCGCUGUUCCUGGCGAGCAAAAGUUCCCCCUCGUCGGGUCAAACCCAGCAGCGACGGAUCAAACCCGUGGUCCACCAUCUCGGGAAAUCGUACGAGGGCUUCAAUGUCGAUUCCGGCUUCGAAACGUCCGAGUUCGGUUUCGUGGACUUUGCCGAGGACGUGUUCAACUGCCAGGACGAACAUCCGCCCAAAUUGAUUGAGGAGGCGGCCGCACUAUUUGGGUUAGUGGCUGGCACGGCCAAUCGACCCGCUCACAGCAGACAAUCGCACUCGGGCCGCAGUCAUUUGGCAAUGAUGGACCAGUCCAGACGUAGUUCGAGCUCGUUCCAGAUCUGCGGCGGCGGAGGCGGACGCUUCCAACGUCGGAGAAAUAGGAGCCGAGUUUCGUUCGACUUUGACCCGUCCCAUCAGCAUGGCUCCGUGGUCACGACGGCAGACGCCACGGCGACGACGAUGGCCCAGUCCGGCGAGAACAACCGCCGAAAACAGUCGAUUGCUGUGCCGCCCCCGCAAUUGCCGCCUGCUUCCGCCGAAACCGCAGCAGCGUCCCCUGCCAAACUGAUGUCCGCCGACCAAAAUCAAAAUCAAGAGCAGCCACAGCAGCAUCCGCUUUUCCCCAAGAUGACCAAUUAUGCAAAACGUGCCGAUGCGAUGAAGGCCCUUCUAAUCGAAAUGCAGGCGGCCCAGCAGCUUAAACCACCUCACGUGCUGUUGCUUCGCUUUCCGGAUCCGGAACUCAGCAAGGAAAUCGUUCAAGGCUACUCGACGUGCAUCGAGCAGGUUACUUUCCAUCGUCCUUCGACACCGCGAUACUGUAUGGUUCAUCUGAAGGCGGAUGCAGAUGUCGAAAGAGUUAUUCAGCAACUUUCCAACAUAUCUUUUGGCACCGGAAAAAUAAGCGUCGAGCGAAAGACGAAAAAUAUCGAACAGAAGCCAACGUCCAAACCGGAAGAGAUCGAUCCCCAGACGCUGUACAUUGGAAACUUGCCGAAUUCGGUGACCGUCUACACGGUCAAGCAAAUGUUCCCGGCUGCCAGGCGCAUCGACAUCGGCCACGCACAACGCCUGAAGCACACGCGCUACGCUUUCAUCCGGUUCCACAAUGUGGCGGAAGCGAUUUCCGCCUUCAAGGCCAACUUCAACAAGGUCAUCGAUGGCCAGAAUGUGAUCAUCCGGUUCCGCCGUUACAAUGCACCAAUUGCCAUGCCGGAGGACAUGAAAACCCCCAGGACCACGAAACGACAGAAAGGCCAACCGGGUCAGCUGUUUGUGUCAAUCGAGCAAAAGCCUGGCCAAACUAACAUGAAUGGUAGACAACAACAACAACAGCAACCGACAGCCGGUGAAAUUCAUCCCUCAGACACGCUGAACACCAUCAAGACGGAAAUUCUGGACGAGGACUGCGGGGGAUUCGAUGUGUAUCAGCCGAUGCUGAAAAUUGAACCCCCGGAACAGUUUUGCGACAAUCUGGAAACCGACGAGGACGAAGAUGAAAUCGAGGAUUUUCUAGAGGAAGAUGAACAGGAGGAUCUGAAUCUGGACGAAAUCAGCACCGACCGGAACUACUGUGAGGACAACGACACUGAUCUGGGUGCCGUCGAUGAAAACUACUGGACGCUGGAACAGCUACGCAAUAAGCUCUCCAACAGCGACGAAGUGUCAACGUCCGCAUCGGAUUCGAUCAAGAGCGACAUCUUCAUGGAGCACGAGUCGAUCACCAUUACUAGCUGCUCUACUACUGUAAAUAAGGCCAAAAAGGAUAAACCCGGGUUCAUCGCUAGUCGACGCCGUGACGAUCAGGUCGAAGAUCUGUUCAGUGCCCUAGAACCCGAUGACGAUUUGUCGAUCUAAAUAUUGGACAGUUUGACUUGCAAAAAACGUUCUAGUAGCUAAGUUACGCAAUGUUUAGUGUUAGUUACCCUCACCAGAGGAUAAUAAUUGGCUCUAACGCAUUAGAGCAGUAAUCAUUCAAGCUUCCAAAUGUUUCCCAAGUUUGCGGAUCCCGUGACUAUGCCAAAUAUUUAAGCCGACCAAAAAAAGAGAAAAGUUCAACUUGUUAUAGAGAUUAGAGUUAGAUUUCUUGGAAUUAUGCUAGUUUAUUGCCAAUAAUUAGAUUUAAAUUUGCCUUAGCAUAACCUGUUAGCGUGUAUGGCUGAUUAUCUAUGAGUAGAUGAAAAAUCAA